CUUAAAUGUGGUUGGGCAGGUUUAAUAAAAAACAUUGUUCGCGUGUCAAAAAUAUUUAUUGCGCUGGUGAAUGUUAAGAUGGAUGCUCAAUUUUCCAUUAGACCAGCCAUAGAGACGGAUUGCUCCGAGAUUCUACGGUUAAUCCAAGAACUAGCCGACUACGAAAAAAUGCCUGAUGGGCCCAAAAUUGGGGCCGAGGUUUUGAUUGGGGAUGGGUUCAACAAUGCGGAGGCGGCUUAUUACCACUGUUUAGUGGCUGAGAGUCAAGAUGCGCCCGGGCAAUUAGUGGCAUAUUGUUUGUAUUUUUACACUUAUUCCACUGAUGUGGGACGAUGUGUCUACAUGGAGGAUCUCUAUGUGUCGCCCAAUUUUAGAAGCAAAGGCUUAGGAAAAUCACUCUGGCAAACACUGGUGAAGAAUGCUUUGGAACGCGAUUGUGUUCGAUGCGAGUUUGUCGUACUAGAUUGGAACCAAUCUUCGAUUGAGUUUUAUCAUCUCCAAGGCGCCAAGAACAUGUCUUCUCAGGAGGGCUGGGUUCAGCUAAGAAUGAACGAAUCCGUUAUGGCGUCCUUCAAGGCACCGAAAACGCUGUCCAACACCAAGGUCCGAAGAGCAUUGAAAAGUGAUGGGCCCAAAAUUUGGAAUUUGAUAAUGGAACAAACAGGCAUGGAUGGGAGGUUGAGAAAACCGUAUCUCAAUCCUCAAGCUUUAUCUAGGGAUGGCAUUGAGUCUGAUGAUCCGUAUUUUCACUGUUUGGUGGGGGAAAACCACGAAAAUCCAUCCAUAAUAGAAGGAUACCUUCUUUACUACUACGUGUAUUCCACGUGGGAAGGGCGGGCUGUCUGUAUGGAAGAUUUUUACGUUAGCCCGAAAUCCAGGAACAAGGGAAUAGGCCAAUCCCUUCUUGAAGCUCUUUUAAAGUAUUCUGGUCUGUUUCUCCGUUUGACAUGGUCGUAUGGUACCAUGGUUUGCAUGGCGACCAGCGAUGUACUUCUCCGUACAGUAGGUAUGUGGUUUACUACGAUGAUGUCGUUGAUUUUCAGGCACGAUUGGGCUGCCUGAUGGUAGAAUGUGAGCUUUCGGGACUCGUUCAAGACACUGAGGAGAAUUUCACUUAUCGCUCAAUGACAAUUGAAAACAUUCAUUGAAAUGAAUUUUUUGAGAGAGAGCAAAAAUAUAAAAGUAUGGGAUUAUGA